AUGGGCGCCAUUGAACCAGCAGCUGCGAACCGCUCCCUCAGCACCAUCCGCACGGAGCUAGAAUUCCUCCGCGAAUCCGGCCUGCUGAACCCUAUGCAAUUCCAAUCCAUCAUGAGCCAGCUUCCCCAACCCGGCGGUAUCCCAAGUAGCUACAUCGAUCCGCGCUACGCGCAAGGCGCCAACAACUACGUCAACAUGCCGCAGCUCGCGCAGGCAACGCAGGACCCGAAUCAUCCUGCCAACCCACAGCAUCCCAAGCACGGAGCAUGGGCCAAGAAGCUCGGGGAGAAGCUCGGCAACGCGGCCAUCUUCGGCGCCGGAGCGACGGCAGGCUCGGACUUGGUGAAUUCGAUUAUCUGA